ACGGCUCAUGUUGACUGUUGACAAUUGACAUGUUAUUGGUUUCAUACUUUCAUAGAGUGUAGUGUUAAAUGUUAAUUCUGCCAGUUUUGAGUACGGAUUUUUACUUUUUAGUAGAAAAUAAUUAUUAAGUACAGUGUUACGUUUAAUAAAAAAUAUCUAUUGUGUGAAAAUUAAUUAAUAGUAAAAUAUCAUUAAAACUAUGAGGCGAACGGCAAAAGAUACAUCAAUGACUCGCAAGAAAAAAUCAGCUCGCCUAAGCAAUUUGUCCAUUGGAGAUGCAGAAAAUUUUGAGCCUCCGCAACAGUCAUCUACCCCAUCUAAACAUUAUAAAACUAAUUCAAAAAGAAUUUUAAAAGAUAAUAACAGCUUAAACAUUAGUGUAAUAAAUAAAGAGAACAAAAAUAAAAAAAUAAACACAGAAUUUGAUUGUCAACAAUUCAAAUCUAUACUACCUGUUAUAGAAGAAAAUGUAAAUUAUGGUCGUAUUCCGGAAUUGUUUCAUAGUGAUCCAGAAGAUGAACCUACUAUAACUGAAAAUUUAACUGUCACUACAACUACAAUAAAUGAUUCUGAUGAUAAAUGGACAACUUUUUCUGAUGUUUCUGAAGAUAGAAGCUGUAAUAAUGUUACAGAUUUGUUGGCUGAAAUUGAAGCUGAUAUCGAUGUUAGGUUUAAAAAACCACCUAGACGAUCAUAUCCUGGUAAAAAAAGAAAUAAUAAAAGUUUGUAUGAAGAUAAAGAAGAAGAGGAAGAAGAAGAUAAAAAAAUAACAAAAAAAUGCCGAAAACAUAAACAAAAGAAAAAGGAUGAUCCUUUAGAAGAGGCAUUUGUUCAAUCAAUGAAUGAGCAUUUUACCGAUAUUGAGUCAUUUAGUUUAGCAGUGGAAUAAUUUAAGAUUAAACGUGAAUAUUUUUAAGAAGGAAUUAUAAAAAUAUAAAAUGAAAUGAUCGAAGAAUGGUGUUUAUAACAUGAAAGCACGAACUAAGUUUAUAGAUUUUCCAAAAUUUGAGGAAAUUUGUUAUUGUACAUAAUUAUUAUAUUUAUUAUUAAAAUGUUUAUGUUGUAUAAGUGUUUUUUCUUAAUCUUUGUACUAAAGUUAAUUGUAUAAUUUAUCAAAUUAUUAACAUGAGAUUAAUUGUAAUCAAUUUGAAGGAGAUAAUUAGUUGUAAUUAUACUUAUUAUUAUUAUUAUUAUGUCACUGUUAAAUUCAUUUAUUUAUUAAAGUAAUAAUGAUGUCAUAUUUAUUA